GGCGGCGAGUUGGCUGCAGUUCACUAAGCGCGGCCGGUUCGGCUCACCUGGGCGCCCGGUUCCAGCCCCUCUCUGCGUCCCUCAAACUUUUCCCAGACUGCGAGCGGCUUGGGGAGCCGCGGCUGCUCCUCGCCUCGGGGUCGUUCGCUCCUGUCCUCGGGGCCGCAAGAAGAAAGAGGCGGCGGCGGCCGGAGCCACGGUGGGCGGCCUGAGGUGUGAGCCCGGCCGGCCCCGCUGGGAAUAUGGCGACCGGUGGCUACCGAACCAGCGGCAGCAGCGGCGGCGGCGGCGGCGGCAGCACCACAGACUUCCUGGAGGAGUGGAAGGCUAAGCGCGAGAAGCUGCGCGCCAAGCAGAACCCCCCGGGCCCGGCCGCCCCGGGCGUGGGCAGUUGCGAAGCCGCCGGAAAGCCCCCACCCGGGUCUCUGGGCACUGCGGGGACUGCCGCGGCCAACGAGCUCAACAACAAUCUCCCAGGCGGCGCGGCCGCACCUGCCACCCCCGGGGGCGUGAACUACGCGGUGGCCCCCGCGGCGCUGGCCCGGGCGGCCCCAGGCCCGCGGCGGCCAGAAGACGAGACCCCCUCUGGCGCCGCCUCCACUUCCUCGGGGGCACAGCCGGCCCGGGGCAACGACGAGGAGCGGGACGGCGCCCUGGAGAAGGGCAAGAGCUCGGGCCCCAGUGCCAGGAAAGGCAAGGGGCAGAUCGAGAAGAGGAAGCUGCGGGAGAAGCGGCGCUCCACCGGUGUGGUCAACAUCCCGGCGGCAGAGUGCUUAGAUGAAUAUGAAGAUGAUGAAGCGGGGCAGAAAGAGAGAAAAAGAGAAGAUGCAGUUACACAACAGAACACGAUGCAGAAUGAAGCUGUUAGCUUAUUAGAUCCAGGCAGUUCCUAUCUGCUACAAGAGCCUUCUAGAACAGCUUCAGGAAGAUAUAAAAGCACAACUACUGCCUCUGAAGAAGAAAUCUCAAGUAGAUAUCCCCGAACAGAUAGAAGUGGGUUCAGCAGAUACAAUAGGGAUGCAAAUACUUCAGGUAAUUUGGUCUCAAGUAGCACAUUGGAAAAGAAAAUUGAAGAUCUUGAAAAGGAAGUAUUAAGGGAAAGGCAAGAAAACUUAAGACUUGUGAGGCUGAUGCAAGAUAAAGAGGAAAUGAUCGGAAAACUCAAAGAAGAAAUUGACUUGUUAAAUAGAGACCUAGAUGACAUAGAAGAUGAAAACGAACAACUAAAGCAAGAGAAUAAAACUCUUUUGAAAGUAGUUGGGCAGCUAACAAGGUAGAAGAUUCAAGGUUCAGUAUGGGAAAAAAAAUUUUAAAACUACUGAUUGAAUGUUAUGAUUAAUGCUAGGGCAAUAUUCCUGUGCUGCAAUACAUUAAGUAUGUAUAUUUAUUUCUAGAAAACAGUGGAUGUUUAUUUUGAAAACAUUUCUUUUUCAUUAUUAGUUUCAAAAGUAUCUACUUUUUAUUUCACAAAUAAGUAAUAUCUUUCAGUUUUUAAAAUGAUAGGUUAUGCCUCUUUGGUUUUGUGUGGUAUUCAAAUAAUAUAUGGUUUAAAGUCACAACCAUUUGAAUAUAUUUUACCUAUGGUAGUGCAUUUUCUUCCUAAAGGAAUAUACAUAGUCUUUGUUUACAUGAAUUCAAAUACUUUUGGGAGUUACCUGCAAAUGCCUUAUUACUAAAAUGUGCAACCUUUUAUGAAUAGUUAUGAUUUACUCAUAAAAGUUUUUGUCUGCUGUCAUUUGUUCUUUCAACUUAAUCUAAGCAAUUUAGAAUCAUAAGAGUUGCACUAUUUUGUAAAACAGCCAUCUUUAAAAAGGAAAGCUAUUAUAAAAAGUCACUUAAUAUCAUGUACUAGUUGGCUAAAUACAAAAUUUAAGAGAAUACUUGAAUUGUGCUAUAGUAAAUUAAAAUGUACUAUUUUGUAUUUGAAUAUUGAAAAAAUUGAAAUCACUUUAACUUUUGAAGAACGUACAUUUGUAAUUUUAAUAUAAAAUUUCUUAUGUAGGUACUGCCUUUUUUAGGUUUAUAAGUGAACAUGGGAUAUUUAAAAAGUUGUUUUAUUCAUCAAGCCCAGAGAAAAAGAAUGAUUUUAGUGUAUAAGGAAAAAAAUUCACAUUUUUAAUUUUAUGCAAUAAAAUCAAAACCACAAUAUUUAUCCACACUUAAAAACGUUUUUACUUACAUUACAAAAAAGUAUAUAAACAGAACUAGUACUGAAAUACUUUGCUUAAUUUCUAAUUUUGAGAGUAACACUGACAUAGUUGUUCUUGUGAAAGAAUUGCCCUACCUCAAAUUUAAGGGAUUUUCUUCCUAACAUUGGAUUUUUUAAAAAAUUGUUUUUGAAGAAUUGUACACAUUUUCUUUUAUAUUAAUUACCAUUAGUGUUUAGAGUUGUUUUAUAUUAUAUUGUCUUAUUGAGUAAGGAAACUCACUCCUUUAAAAUAACAUUAAUAUUAAGAAAUGUCUGCCUGAUAGUUGGAUCUCAAACAGUAUAAUGAUACCUGUUUAUCCAGUUAAUAUACAUAAGUGUCUUGAACAUAGUAAAUGCAUUUUGGAUGCCCCCCACUGAUUCUUUUUCCUUUACUUGCCAAGCCCCUUCAUUAUUCACUGUUAGAAAAAUAGGAAAGGUGAGACAAUUGGGAAAAAUGUAGAGUAAGUGAUCAUAUAUUGAAUUCUAAAACUCUCAGUAGUGGUCUAGAUUGCCAGCUCCCCAUCCCCCAAAUACCCUCACCACCUUCCACUUUAGAAGUUUCAGUCUUGGCUGAUCAUCAAAAUCACUUAGGUUGCUUAAAAAGAAUUUCCUGACUGUAGUUUCCAGAUAGGCUUAGAUUGAGACCCUGGACAGAAUUGUUAAAGCUCACCAUCUGAUGAUUCUGAUCAUUGCAUAAGUUUGGAAACAGCUGCCAUUACCUUUCCUUCUCUACCUUCCAUUGGAGACUCUGGAAUUAACAAAAUGUUAGCUACCAGCAUUUUCCACCCUUUAGGUCAUUUAACAACCAGUAUCUGGGGAAGUUUUCAUAUGUCCAUAUAUAUUUACCAACAAGUUCAAUGUUAGAUUACCAAACUUGAUACAGUUGCAGAAGUACUGCAUAAGGACAUCCUUUUUGGAGAGUACUAACCAGCAUGGGAACAGUGAUUUGCUACCCACAUGUCAAGUGGUUGCUCGCUGUGAGGUACUCAUCUCGCUUUAGUUGCCGUUAGGUAUGAAUACCUGUAUUGCCUAGUUUCCCAUCCACACCUUGGACAUUGUGAAAAUGUUGUCAGUACCUAGCCUUAAAAUAUAUCAGUGCUUUGGUUUUUCAGGAAAAAAAAGUAUUUUGAAUUUUCUAUUUAAUCCGUAUGUAAGUAAAUGAAUACUCAAUUUCUCUUUUUAAAAUUAUACAGGUAUUAAUACUUUUAAAGACUAAGCUAGUUUAGUUUUUUUCCUUUUCUUCAGUUCCUUGGGAACAUUUCUCACAAUGAUCUUAUAUUUAUAUACUGGUACCUAGUACAGAUGCAGCACCUGAGAACUUAGGCGAAGCUUUCACAUGCAGUUCUUCCUUAAAGUACGAAUUUGUUCACCUAUUGAUUUUUACACUGAAUAUUAAAAAGUGAAGUAGGAUCUGCUACAGUAUCCCUUUAAAUUUAUAAAAAAUACUUAGAUUUUUGAAAGCAUAGCUUAAAUACAUGUGUACCACCUUAGAAAACUUGGCUGUUAUCAAUAGAGCGCUAGUAUUUGUGAAAUUAUUAGUCCCAUUCAGAAAUAAUAUUUCUUAUAUUUCCUGGGAAUUUGUGGCAUAAUAAAGCAUAUCCAAAGUUGUUAUGUGUUUAUGAUAUUAUUUUCAAAACAAUAAGGUUAUUAACUUUCAAAUGAAUGUGACUUGCCUCCCUUAUUUUUGAAAUGCAUUAACUUGAGAAUUGAUGAAGUAACCCAUUUCAUUUUUCUAGACUUGUUAUUAUUUUAUUGCACUACAGUUUACCUUUAGAAAGGAAAAGGAAGGUAAUAAGGUUUGUAUUUCUAAGGGAAUUUACUAAAUUCAGUAAUUAGCACUGUCACAUUUGAUCAAGUAGUUUAAAACAAAUUAAGUAUC